UUUGAUUUCAGAAGCCUUUAAAAGGAACACAGAGAAUUGUUCAUAUAGUUCUGUUGUCAAAGGCAGAAAAUAAGUAGCCUCUGCACAAUCUUCUGACACAAGGGAGCAGCAGCUGGAUUUAGGUAAAGUAAAACUAUUUCAUCACUAUCAACUUUAUGCAGAAAUACAGGUGUAAACUUGAGCAGCUGUUUGCCCAGGUCAAGGGAGAAAGUACAGCUCAGCUGCUGCAAUUCAGCGUGGGGGAGAUUGGUGGGGACAGUCCAGAAGAUAAAGCCACUGCUCUGAGAGGAGUCAAAUCUUGCAGGCGUCCUCCUGAUCCUGGCUGGUGCAACCUGAAGUUUUUUCUAAGGUCAGUGAUGUUACAGAUUGAGCCCAAUAGGAUUUUCUCUUAGUAGCAUGGAAAUAAGCUAUUUUUUGCCUUAUCAAUAAAGCUCUGAUGAAUGUGCUGGGAGCGAAACGCAGGCUGGGGGCAGUGCUUCCCAGCUGGAUCCCUGCCAGAGGACAGUUAACUCCUGGUGGUGCACCUGUAAUAUGAGACUCUGAAAAGUGAGAAACCCAAGCAGUGGAUUUGUGCUGAGGUCUGUGUUCAAGCCUCAGGUGUGAUUGAACACGCCCAUGUCACGGGAGCCAAAGGCAGCUCGUUUAAUACCAAAGUCCAGCAAGGAAACCCCUUCCUCGGCAAAGAUGGAGCCCUUCCCGUGGAUAUCUUCCCUUUCUCCACGUUCUGGACGACACUGCACUCACGGCUCGCCACUUCAGCUCUAGGAAUCUGAAAUACAGGUUUGGAAAUCUGAAAUAGUCGAUCUGCAAAGAACAUUUGGCACGGAGUGGUCUACAAGUGAGAUUGAAAAUGGUGGAAGCCAGAAGUUGCCCUUCCUUCUACUCUUUCCUGAUUUCCAGGAAAGUGGUGGGAUCUCUUGUCUGUCUGGUGGUUGUUACUGCAGUUAUCUGGAUUACAGCUGGGAGUGGAAAAGUGCACUACCUUCCCUACUACCUUCCUUGCCCUGAAAUCUUCUCCAUAAAACUCCAAUAUACAGAAGAGAAGCUAAUCCAGCUUUUCCCCCAAUUAUUUUAUCAGCAGCCAAGAGUGCUGGCGCCAAAGCGCCAGGAUGUGCUGACAGUCACCCCAUGGCUGGCCCCCAUCGUCUGGGAAGGAACCUUCAAUCCUGAGAUCCUGGACAGUGCCUACAGGCCACUGAACCUCAGCAUAGGGGUGACAGCCUUUGCCGUUGGGAAGUACACGAGGUUCGUGAGGCGCUUCGUGCAGUCGGCAGAGGAGCACUUCAUGAGAGGCUACCGGGUGAACUACUACAUCUUCACUGACAGCCCCGAGACAAUGCCCAGUGUCCAGCUGCAGCCUGGACGGAGGUUUGUCCUUGUCCCCAUCAAGAAAUACUCCAGCUGGCAGGAGAUCUCCAUGCGCAGGAUGGAGGCCAUAAACAAGCACAUAGCAGAGGUGAGCCACAGGGAGGUGGAGUAUCUCUUCUGCCUGGACAUCGACAUGGUGUUCCACAACCCCUGGGGGCCCGAGACCCUGGGGGACACGGUGGCAGCCAUACACCCUGGGUACUUCAGUGUCCCUCGGAACCAGUUCCCCUACGAGAGGAGGAGCUCCUCAGCAGCCUACAUCCCUGCUGGGCAGGGGGACUUCUACUACGGAGGAGCCGUGUUUGGAGGGCUGGUCAAGAAGGUCUUUGAGUUCACCAAGACUUGCCACAUGACCAUCCUGACGGACAAAGCCAACGGGAUCAUGGCAGUCUGGCAGGAAGAAAGUCACCUCAACAGGCACUUCCUCUCCCACAAACCCUCCAAGGUGCUUUCUCCGGAGUAUAUAUGGGAUGACAGGAAGCCACAGCCCCCUGAAAUUCGCCUCAUACGUUUUUCCACGGUGGAUAAGAACUACAGAGAGAUAAGAGAUUGACCAUCUGAUCCCUACAGAAGUGUCAAACCCAUGGAAAUGAACUCACACAGAACAUGCCCCACCAUGAGUUUUUGUUCCCAAUCUGGAGAAACUGAGAAAGGAAUGUGUGGACAGUUUCUCUGGAGAGAACAGGAGUCUUAAUGCAUUUCAGAAGCAGCAGCCAAAGUGUAGAUGAGACUGAAAAGGUUUCUAGGUUCCUAAUCUUUGUAAUUACAAGCAUCCUGCUUGAGGCUGCAGCACCCAAAAAGGCAUCCAAAAGGCCAGUUUUCCAAAGCAAGGCUGCAGAUGCAUUUGCCUGAGUGUUUUCCUGAGGCCCAGCAGAAACUUAACAAGAUCAAAAUGGUAUUUGACAUGCCUGUGGAGAAAAUCUAGAGUUUUGGUAGAGACUUUUUCAUUUAAAAAGAAAAAGAACUUUGCAGGGCAAUAAAUGUUCAUGCAUUGUGAUUUAAACUAAUGCCUUUUGUCAGAAUCAGGAGGAAACUUGCACUCAGAGCAUGUUAUCCCUGACUUAUGUGUAGCAGGAUUUCUUGGACCUUCUCAGCAGAGAACUGGUGCCAGCCACUGCCAGUAAGAGCCUGGUCUGACAGGACAAAUAGUGUGAACUCACAUAGCAGUUAUCUUCCAAAUUCCAAUCUGUGCUUUGGAGACCCAAGUUUAGACAGAACUGGCACAGCUCAGACCCAGACUGAACUUCUUUGGGUUUAUUUCAAUCACAGAUGUGCUCUGAACCUUUUCCCUGGGUCACAUGUCUCUGUGGAUCAUGUAAUCUUUUCCAACACAGAAAAUCUGGUUCUGAGAGACGUUCCUGUUCCCAUCCUUUGCUUCAGCCCUUUCCAACUCCUCUAAGCUCUGUGAAAUAAAUUGGCGAGAAGCUGCCGGAGCUGACAGCAGGAGCUGAUGCCUUUCCAGCAAA